UGUGCACGGGGAGGGUGUAAAAUAGGGGAGGACUGGUUGCAUUUUGAGUGAUGUUCUCUCAGACAGCACAGCAAACGGCUGAUAAAAAUGCUUCAAGAGUUUUUGUUUAGUUUGUGCUUCUGGCGUCUCGUUGGUGUGUUUGGGGUUGAGGCAGAUGAAAUCAAGUCGUUGUCGGUGAUGGAGGGCGAUUCUGUCACCCUACCGACUGGUGUGACUAAAAUACAAGAGGACGAUCUGAUCAUGUGGAUGUGCGGAGACUACUGUAUCGCUAAACUCAACGUAUCAUCCCAAGUCAUCUCUGAAACUCAUGACAGAUUCAGAGACAGACUGAAGCUGGAUCAUCAGACUGGAUCUCUGAUCAUCACAGACAUCACAACCACAGACUCUGGACUCUAUAAAGCACAGAUGAUUGGACAACAAGUGUCAAGGAAAACUUUCAAUGUUACUGUCAUUGCUCGUCUUCCCGUUCCUGUCAUCACCAGUUACUGUCCUCAAAAUCCUCCAUCAGGAUCAUCAGCGUCCAGAUGUGUGCUGCUGUGUUCAGUGGCGAAUGUGGGUCAUGUGACUCUCUCCUGGUACAAAGGGAACAGUUUAUUGUCCAGCAUCAGUGUGUCUGAUCUCAGCAUCAGUCUCUCUCUACCUCUGGAGGUGGAACAUCAGGAUAAAAACACCUACAGCUGUGUGCUCAACAAUCCCAUCAGCAACCAGACUCAACAUCUGGACAUCACUCAACUCUGUCACACAUGUGCAGAAUGUGUCUGCUGUUGUAAUUCAGCCGAAGCUGUGAUCCAAUUGGUCGUCUCUGCUCUGGUGGGCGUGGCUAUUGUCGUCGUUCUGGUUUAUGACAUCAGAUCCAGUAGAGCUGAACAGAAAAAAAGAGCUCCGAAAUCAUUAUCAGACCAUAACUGACUUACUAUAACAAGAAUAAAAACUAUUAAAAAUUGGAGUGAAGUACUAAAUGUUUAAGUGCGCAGUAACUGAUUACAUCUAAUCUGGAUUACAUAAUCAAAUUCCAAAAAUUAAGUACUUUAAAGUACUCGGAAUCAGAUUACAGUUACUUAUUUAUUGAGUACAUGAUAUUAACACAACAGCAAUACAUUUUUCAUAAUUUAUUAUUCCUUUUUAAAAAAGCCUACUGCUAAUAUACAUUCAGAAUAUAUAUUCACAAAAACACUCACACAAAGACCAGUCACUAGUCAAGUGGCUAUAAUUAAACCGAAAUUCAAGAGGGCAUACAGCAUUCGACCACUGGAUUUACAGAAAUCAUUUCAAUUUUAAGAAGCAUUUUCUUAAGAUUUCAACAUUGCAUCAACUACUGAUAAACUGAUAAACACAUUAACUAUCACUCAGUUAGUUAUGUAACCAUGUAUUACUAUGUCUUUGGAAGUCUUCUGUCUUUCAAACACAUUAAAAUCCACAAA